CAUUUUAACUCGAACCUGUUCGGUCGUUACGUCUGACGCGUGUUACGGUUCGAUAAAGUGCAAUUUUAUUCGUGAAAUGUUUUAAUAAAAGCCUUUUGCUUGGAGUAGAUUCGUGGUAAUGCAAAACGCAUUUACGGCGGUGAAACAUAAAGUGUAAAAUAGUUUAAGUAUUUCUGAUUUUUUCCACGGUAUGUCAGAAGGCGAGGCUACAGCGUCGCAGAAGAAACAGCAGCCAUUUCAGCAACAGCCACAACUUGGAAUAGGCUCGAUGGCGAACAUGGCAUGGCAAUAUCCCUCGCCAAAUAAUAUUCACAACAUGUUCCCUCCAUAUUCGGGGCAAUUAUAUGGACCCGGGUAUCAAGGUGUACCUCAUCAAGGGCAAAUAUUUAAUUAUUAUCAUGCAAUGAUGCCAGGGUAUGGACAACAUUUUACUCCACAGCAGAUACUACAACAGCAACAGCAACAGCAGCAACAGCAACAGCAACAGCAGCAACAGCAACAGCAGCAGCAACAACAGCAGCAGCAGCAGCAGCAACAGCAGCAGCAGGGCAACACUCAGGGGAAACAGCUUCAUCAACAGCCACCUGUACCUGGAACACCAAUGUCUUUGGACGACGAAUCGGAUCUUCCUCCUUUGCCACCUGGACCACCGCCAUCCGUGCAGAUGUUGCAGCAGCACAACAGUCAAAUCCAACCAUUGAUGCAGUCCCAUCAAGGAUACGUGUAUAAUUCGUUUCCCUAUGGUAAUUGGAACGGUAUGCACGGUGAUAUGUCACAAUAUAACAAUCAGAUUCGUUUUAAUGCACAAAACAAGAAAAACGGGUUGGCGUUUACUCCGUCUGGCAAUAGUGGAGCUGCAAAGAAAAAACGUAAGCGGAACAAAAACUUAGCAGCUCAAUUCAACAAUAGCUUUCAGGCGAACAAUCCAACGACGAAUUUCGUACCGGGUCCCAAUUUGAAGACCGAACUACCACCCUUACCUCCCGCACAGCGUGAAGUAGCGGCUCCUCCUCCACCGAUCGAAGACUCUCCCACUCCUACUACACCUGUUACUACGAACGUUAAUACAACUCCUAGUGCUGGUUCUCCAGCGGUAGGUACUCCCUCUGUGAUGACAACUGCCAGUCCAGUCGGAGAUUGGCCCGACAGCUUGAAAAACUAUGUAAACAGAUGUUACGAGAAAUGCAAAACAGCAGUGGACAAGGAUCAAGUUGAGAUUAUAUUAAAAGGAAAGAUAACUCGUGCUGCGAACGAUGGUUCGCUUUGGGUAAAGGACUGGGACCAAGAACCUUUGCCUAGUAUUCACAGCGAACGUAUGACCAUGACGAUAAAGCCACAGAAAGCAACGUUAAAGUUGAACAAUUUGGCGAAUCCGCUAAUGAAUGCACAGGGAGGCUUGCGCAAGCCAGGUCUCUCUACUUCUCUCGGGGCUCGGCUUGGCGCGCGUCUCUCUGUGAAUCACAAACGGUCGAGGUCGAGGUCGAGGACUAGGUCAAGAUCAAGAUCAAAGUCGAGGUCGAGAUCGAGAUCGAGAUCGAGAUCCAAGUCGAGAUCGCGUUCGAAUACACGUAGCCCACCGUCCCGAAAGUACAGACGUAGCACGUCGUCAUCGUCCAACGUUAGCGAUCGGGAACACGAUUAUAAGUCGUUAAAAUCGAAAAAAUCUACUAAAAACAAACAAAAUCACAGCGGCAAGAAAGCAAAGAAGACUAAACAGAUGAAAUCACAUUUCUAUUCAGAGUUUGGUUUAGCUACAGGCAACACUGAGGAACUAGGAUCCAAGGAGAAAUUGCAGCAACGCGCCGCAAGAUUUAAUGACAGCAUUUCUAGGACGGUCAGCAACGGUGUUAAAGACGAUCCUUCCGGUGACUUUGAUUUUACCGGACUUCACAUUGUUGGGAUAUGCAAGGAUAUAGAGAAACCGUAUUUGCGUCUAACGUCUGCUCCGGCUCCCUCCGCUGUACGACCGGUAAGUGUACUCCAAAAUUCUUUGGCACAUGUCAAGAAGCGCUGGGUGGCUGAACAAGACUAUAGAUAUGCUUGCGAUCAACUUAAAUCUAUUCGUCAAGACCUUACCGUACAAGGUAUAAGAGAUGCAUUUACAGUCCACGUAUACGAAACACAUGCCCGCGUAGCUCUAGAAAAAGGCGAUCACGAAGAGUUCAAUCAGUGUCAGACACAGUUGAGGAUGCUGUAUCAAGAUGUCGGAGGAGAAAAUCGGUGUGAAUUUAUCGCAUACCGAAUAUUGUAUUAUAUUUUCACGAAAAACACACAAGAUUUAACAACUAUUUUAGCUGCAUUGUCGAAAGAGGACAAGAACGACGAAUGCAUAAAGCAUGCAUUGAAAGUACGUUCCGCAUGGUGGCUGGGUAAUUUCCAUGCUUUUUUCAAAUUGUACACUGCUGCUCCAAGGAUGGCGGCUUUUCUGAUGGAUUGGUUCGCUGCAAGGGAACGCAAGAAUGCAUUAAAGUGCAUGAUAAAGUCCUACCGGCAAAAUUUGGCGGUUGAUUUCGUCGUAGCAGAAUUGGCCUUUGAAUCUUUGGACAAGUUUUAUGAAUUUGUCAGUGAAUUCGGAUUGGUUUAUGCUGAUCCCGAACAACAUCUAAUCGACUGCAAGACAAGCAGUGGUUCUCUAGGUGCUUGGUAAAAGCAACAUGACUCUCUUCUUUUUUCGUCGAAGAUGCAUAACAAAAGCCAUUGUGUUGUGCACACUACUCUAGGCACAAGCCUUCUACGUGUGUCUAUAUGCAUAUGUUUUCCAGUAUAUGCGUAUGUGACUGAUACAUACAUAUGCAUAUACAUGUGCAUAUAUCAUGAUACACGUUACCCUCUCGCAAUGAUUCUUCUUGCUAUCCAAUUGCAAUCAUUGUUCUUCGUUGAUCGACACGAAUUUGUCGAGCAACAGAUUUGUAAAUGAAAUUUCUCCCUACGUUAAUUUGUACAUAAUGUCUUAAUCUCAGCCCAUUGUUUAUACAUAAUCGCAAGCGAGGAAUUUUGUUACGGGCUAGUAAAAAAAGAAAAGAAAAGAAAAGAAAAAAAAAAAUUGUACAAAAAAAUAGGAUAAUCGUUCCGAUGAUCCGCAACUACCUCAAUAACACUCGGUAUGAAACCGAAGCUCGUAAAAAGAAGGAAGCCGAUCAGAAGUCAUCUUCAGAAAAUUCUCGUUCGGUCAAAUUUCGAAUUCUUCGAUACCAGCCAGCCAGCCAGCCAGCCCCCCGCCCCCUCCCCCACCCUCUCUCUCUCUCCCCUGUUCGUUGAUGUAUCGUUACGUAUUUUUUACCGCCUUUGUUUGAUGAUUCUAAAUGUCUUUUUAAACAUUGUCCACAACAUGGAACCGAAUCUUUUAACCAAUUGCCAAUUCUUUCGCUCAACAAGACAAUCCGUAAUCGUUACGUCGAGGAAGAAUUUGAAAAAUCUCAUGCCAUGGAUUUACUACGUGAUCUCGCGCGUCGAAUAAAAAGCAGUGAUUGUCUCUGUCCCUCGUUUAAACGCGAAGAAUACUUGGAAUUGAUUGAGCAGGCACGUACGGAGAAACAUCAUCGCGCUAGAUACGGAUAUUCAACGACUUCUUGAUGGAGCAUCGUGAGUUUGAACGGAACGGGACGCGACAAGAGAGAAGAAAACAAAGAAAUCAACGACGGAGGCCAACGAGUUUGUGAAUGUAUUGUAAAAACGAUAUGGAACAUCGACUCCGAGAAAGUAUUUCAACAACGUUACACGCGCUCAAGAAUCGACAAUUUGGAACUUUUUACGGGACAGAUUAAUUGGCGCUGAACGCCAUUCGCGUGUGAUAUGAGUGUUUUAUUUUUAUCUUUUUAAGUGUUUACCCGCAAGACAAUGCUUCCCUCCCUCGGUAGUAUAUGUUAUCGAUUCUCGAUUAUUGAGAAUUUUAUUUCUACGCAUGAAACAACGGGUACAAAGGGUCAUAUUUCAAAGAAGAAAAGACAUUUCAUUGUACGAUCGCAUUCGAACAUGGGUGUUGUGCAUAAUAAAUUAUU